AUUCCAAGGAGAAUUCUUGGGUUUGAGAGUUGAGAGAGAGAGAGAGAGAGGGAGGAAAAAGAUGAGCAUUUUUGGUUGCCAAGCACUUGGGGAAGAGAGAGAGAGAGAGCUGCCAAAGAAGAUAAAAAAAUGAGGAAAAGGAACAGAGCCAUAAAUAAGCUCUCAGUUACAACUCACACAAAGAAUCAGUGUCUCAAAGAAGCAAAAAUAGAAACACUUGGGGAGUCUGAGAGAGAGAGAGAAAAAAAAGAAGGGCAUAUCAUAUCAUUACAGAGACACGGUCACACGCCAAUAUAUAUACAAAAAAACAGAGAGAGAGUGAGGGGGGAGAGGCCUUUUUUCGAGAGAGAAAGGAAAGAGAGAUGGUGGGCUCAGGAGCGGCAGAUAGGAGCAAAGAAGCUGUUGGGAUGAUGGCCCUUCAUGAGGCCCUCAGAAGCGUCUGUCUCAACUCAGACUGGACUUACUCUGUCUUCUGGACUAUCCGUCCUCGCCCGAGAGUCAGGGGAGGUAAUGGUUGCAAGGUUGGAGACGAUAACGGUAGCUUGAUGUUGAUGUGGGAAGAUGGGUUCUGCCGAGGAAGAGUUGCGGACUGUUUGGAAGAGAUUGAUGGGGAAGAUCCAGUCAGGAAAGCAUUCAGCAAAAUGUCCAUUCAGUUGUAUAAUUAUGGAGAAGGGUUAAUGGGAAAGGUUGCAUCAGAUAAGUGCCAUAAAUGGGUAUUCAAAGAACCAACUGAAUGUGAACCUAAUAUCUCCAAUUACUGGCAGAGUUCUUUUGACGCUCUUCCUCCUGAAUGGACCGAUCAAUUUGAGUCAGGAAUUCAGACCAUUGCUGUGAUUCAAGCUGGCCAUGGUCUUUUGCAGUUGGGUUCCUGCAAGAUUAUACCAGAAGACCUUCAUUUUGUGCUGAGAAUGAGGCAUACAUUUGAGUCCCUUGGGUACCAAUCUGGUUUCUAUCUCUCCCAGCUGUUUUCCUCAAAUAGAAAUAAUGCUCCUUCUUCAUCCACAAUGACUUCCAAGCAAACCCCAAUUCCAACAAGGCCUCCACCGCCCCUCUUCAACUGGGGCCAGAGGCCAUUGCCACCGGUGGCAUCAAUGCUUUCUUCACCUAAUUUCCAGAAUCCACCCAGACUUGGGUUUCCACCAGCCAAAGAUGAGACUCAUAUGUUUCUUCUCCCUCAUUCAUCUGACACCCGGAUGGAAGAUAUGAUGGGAGCUGGAGAACAAGAAAAUGACAUCAAAUGGCCUAAUGGGUUGUCUUUCUUCCAUGCUCUAACCGGACGAACUGAGGAUUCCAAACUCUUGUUCAACCCUGAGAGCUUAGGAAGCAAACCAGACCAGAAUCCUCUCAUCCUUGAAGGAAAGGAUCCAAAUCAAAACUCAGAUAGCACAGCAAACCCAAAUGAGUUCUUGAGCUUGGACAGUCAUCCAGAGAACGUGAGAAAGAUGGAAAACAAGUUCAAGAGAAGCAUAACAUUGCCUGCAAGAAUGGCUACAUCAUCAUCCUCGACUUCAGUUGAUCAUCAUCAACACCAACAGGUGGAGUAUAGGAACUCGGAGGCAGGGAUGUACCCAGAUGUCAUGCAGACCUAUAUGGAGUGAACUCAAGAAGGAUUGUACAAGAGAGAGCAAGGGAUUUCAAUUUGUAUUUAGGAAAAAGGCUUUUUGUGUUCGUUAGAAGCUAAAGUUCCUUGUGUUUGCGUUGAUGUUUUUCUUUCUACAUCGAGUGUUUCCUUUUCUUCAAUCCAUUUUCUGAACUUUGUACCCAUUUGUUGUAGUCUAUGCUAAGGUAAGUUUUCUCAAGUGGAUUUUCUUUUAAUCUUGUUCAAAUUGGAAGCAAAGAAAAACUAAACUGUGUG